AUGGGAUCGAAGAAAAAAAACACGCGCGGUCGGCAGGCGGUUCGCGGAAAGUCCGCGAAGGAGAGGCGACAAGAAUCCGAUAGAGAAGACUGCCAGGGAGACAGGCGCGAGAAGAAAGGGAAGGGGACUCGAAGCGCGCCGUUGGCCUCGUCCUUCGCGUCGCACUUGGAGGCGUACGGCCUCGAGCUGGAACUCAUUGCUCCGGACGGCAACUGUCUCUUUCGCGCCUUUGCGGACCAGCACUGCGGCGAGCAGGAGCGCCACCGCGAGUACCGGGAGAAGGCCGUGGACUACAUCGAAGCGCAUGCAGAGGACUUCAAGUGCUUUCUGGCCGAGGAAGAAGAGAGCUUCAAAAAGUAUGUCAGCCGCAUGCGCCGCCUUGGGACCUGGGGCAGCCAGAUGGAGCUGCAGGCGCUGAGUCAGGUGUACCAAGUAAGUCUUUUCAUCCACGUGGCGAAUGCGCCUGGCGAAGACGCGCCGUGGCACGGCAUGGCUGGCGGGCAUCGAGGCCGCAAGCAGCAAGGCAAGAAGAAAGGCCGAGCAGUCGAGAAGGGCGGAAAGAAACGGAACCUCCGGCGGGAUCGCGGGCGGGAGGAAGACGACGCGGAAGACGUGGAAAGAGAGGAAAGCUGCGAGGCGGAGACGACGCACGAACCAGGCGAAGAGCAAGACUGGAGCAUCUGCAAGAUGGAGAACUUCUCGGAGGCACAGCCGUGUGUGCAGCUCGCCUUCCACGUCCACCACGAACACUACAACUCGAUUCGGGUGAGAGGCCGAGCUCCGGGCGCCAUGCUCAGUCUUGCGCAAGUGCGGCGAGUCUUGAAACUGAGCGUAGACGGAGACGAGGAAGCCUCAGAGUGUGCGGAAGCGACAACGGAUGGGGAGGCAGCGGCUGCCGAAGAGGAGGCCGGAGAAGGAGUGAAGCGGGAGUUUCUGGAGCAGCCGAGGAAAGAAGCGUGCGCGGGGGAAGGAGAGAGUCAUGAGGCGUGCGACGAGACGCAGGCGGAAGAGGCAGCAGAAAGACAGGAAACGAGAGCCAAGGAAGACACAGGAGAGGAGGGAGAUCGAGAGAACAGAAGGGCGCCAGACGCAGAAACAGAGACGCAAGGGGCGAAGACAGGAGAGAAUGGAGCUGGUGUAUGUACACUCGGCCAGCCAGCGGCUGAGGCGUCGGGCAGCUGUGUGCGAGCGGACGGGCGUCUGUCUCCUGCGGAUGGGGGGACUCCGUCGGAUGGCGGAGUCGAGGAGCACGAGGAAUGCAGGGGCCGCGCGGAAGACGCACCGAGCGACAGUGAGAAGGAGCAAAGCCGAGAGGAAGACACCCUGGAGGAAGAGAACGCAGCGAAAGAGAAGGACGGAACAGCAAGCGAGGAAGACACACGCGACGACACACGAAACGAGACAACAGCUCCGCUUCUCGAGAACGAGGAGACGGCAGAGAAGGCGCCAGAGGGAGGUGAACAGGAGACCGGAGCGAGCGAAGAGAGCGGAGCACGAAAACGGGGAAAAGAAAAGACGAUGCGAGGGAAGGACAGGCCAGACAGCACGGCACCGAGGAGCGGCAGCUCCACGAAGGAAGGCGAGGCUUCCUCAGCAUCAGACGAGCGUGGACGACGCGAUACAGAGCCGCAACACGUGCCAUGUUCCCUGUCUUCGUCUUCGUCUUCCUCGUUGCCGGCGGCAGCCUCUUCUUCCUCUUCUGGUUCCCCGUCGUCGUCCUCCGUUUGUUCUCCAUUUUCUGCCCCAUCUGCCGCGUCUUGUGCCUCCUCAGCCUCGUCUCCUCCCUCUUCCUCAUCCGCUCCGUCCUCGGCUUCUCCCGCGUGGUCUGCUCCCUCGUGUUCUUCCUCAGCUGCGUCUCUCAAAGUGCCCGCUGUGGGCGGGUGUGUUUCUGCAGCUUCGAGAUGCGCCAAAGUGCGGCGGUCGCGGAGCACUGGGAGCCUCCGUCGGCGCAGAUGGGAAAGAGAGGAAGCGUUGCUUUGCUCAUCUCGACUGUGUUUCCUUCGGCCUUCUUCAGAGGCCCCGCGUGUCUCGGAUUCUGCGCUUCCCGAGAAAGAAACAGCUGGAGAGCAUGCGGAGGCGUCUCGCGAGACGCAUCCCGCGUCGGGUUUCCCCUCGUGCGGCGCCUCCCGCCGUGGUUCGAGGCGUGCGCAACGAAUCGGGGGAGACACCUCUUCUUCCUCGCUGUCGCGUGCUCCUCUUCUCCCAGGGGAUUCGGGCAAGAUGCAUGCAAGCUCAGCGAACCCGGCGAACGCCGAGGGCGUAUGCGCCGUGUUCUUCCCCAGGCGAGUGCUCCGCCGCAACUCCCUGCGCGGCUGUUGUGGCGCCUCUUGUUCUCCCUCGCGUUCUCUGUUCGGACCUUCCUCGUGGGUGCGUGAGACGUGCGAGACUCGCGCACAACUCACCGCGUCGCCUGGAAACCAAAGUGCUUCGCCGGAUGCGGCUGACUCGCCUCCCUUGCGUUCUUCGCUGCUCUGUGCAUGCGCGUCCGCCUCUUGUGCACACGGCUCCCCGCCUUCGACUUUUCCUGGACUCUCUGCUACGCGAUGCUCCUCCGAGGCUCUGCCGAACGGCGACGAGGAGACAGGAGAGGAGAAGGACGAACGCGAGACCCGUGCAUCACCACUCGUGUGCGUGUGA